CAUGACGUUUCUUCUCUCGUCGUUCAACAAACUUCGAUUUUACUUCUUUUUCGUUUCAAGAUUGUUCCAUGCAAAUAAUUUUAUUUCCAGUUACUAGAGAUUAGUUCAGUUACUCUAGAGGAAUUGUAUAAAAAUAGAAGAAUUACUACAGGCUAGUGAAGUAUAACCUGCAUAAAGUGUUAUCAGAAGCGGCUAGUGAGACUCGAAUUUGUUGUGUUAUCAAACAAUUAAUUUACUGUUUGUUGUUGGUUACGAUGACAAUAAUAAUUGGUCCCACUUAGAUUGAAGUAACUGUGUGCCUACGUUGACUGUUUAAAGUGACUGAGAUGGAUAGAGUUGGAGGAGAAUUCAACGAUAUGGGUCGCAGAGCCGGGGAGUUCGCGCGGCGCCUCAACCGGAUCACGGAUGGGCCCAUGACAAGAAAAAAACUGGUCAUAUUAGUCCUAUUUUGCAUCUUCUUCAUUCUCUAUCUGGGCCCCGGCUUAUUGAACUGGUUUUUCGGCUCCGAAAGUGAUGCUAGCCAUCAAAAUGUAUGUCAAAGAAACUUCCUAAACCCUUUCAAAGAUGCUUUGAAUGACUACGACGCCUACUUGAGGCAGGAGACGACGGCCACAAUGUCGACGCUCAGCCACAACUAUGUGCCUUACGUUGGAAAUGGAUACAUUGGCCUUGCCUUGGAGCAUGACUCACAUCUCAACAUCAAACAUGGGCGGACCUUAUCUCUGCCGGUGUACUACCAUCCACUUUACAUUAUUGAUGACUAUGAAAUGAAAGAAUUCACAGUUGCCGAUUACAAAAGAGGCAUAAUACACAGAUUCCAAUGCAGCAACACAGGCUUGCACAUAACAUACCAGUACUACACUCACAGGACUAUACCAUCCUUGUUUGUUCAAGAGAUUCUCGUCAACAACCCAACCAAUGCUGGGAAAACUUUGCGAUUGACUACCCCCAGAGUCUCGGACUGGCCAACUUCAGUGAAACAGACGGUGAAGUUGCACCAAGGGGUAGAUACGAAGGAAUAUGAAGUUGUAACAGGAAUGAUAACAAUACCAGACAGUGAUAAUGUGAUUGCUGUCGCAGUUGUAUCAAGGAAAAUGGGGAACAGUAUUCAAGUUGAUGGCCGUGAUGCUUUAGAUAUUUUGAUAUUCACAACAGUUCAAUACAGCAAUCCUAUAAAGAAAGCAGACUACGCAAAACAAAAAGAUAUUGUGGAAAAGAAGGCAAUUGAUGAGAUGGAAAAGGUCAUAGCAUUAACAUCAGAUACAGCUGCUGUGAGAAAACUCAAAGAAAAUCAUGCUAGAGUAUGGCAAAAUCUCUGGUACACAGGCUUUUAUAUUUCAGAUUCAAAAGCUGAAGGUAUCAUCAAUGGAGACAGGAUAAAUGCUACAAUAUAUGCCAUUCUGUCGCAAGUCCGAAGCUUAGAACACGAAGAACAUAUUAAAUCACAGACCAGAUCAGAUAUUCUCAGGACACUGACUUAUGCUGAAGGGUGUUACGGAGGGCACUCAACUCUGGAUGCAUUAAAUCUGUGGAAACCUUUGAAUUCCUUAGCUAAUCUAAAUGCUGUUGCAAGUGUAUGGCUACUGACUUUAGAAAAGCAUGGCUGUUACAAACUCAUGAAUGCAGGCGCUAGUGGUGUCAACCAAGCGAUGAUUUUAAGUUUUGGCAGUUUACGUUUCAGCAAUCAACAUCUAGAAUACAACAUACACCCAUCCAAACUGCACAGAGACUUCCUUUUCCGCCGCCUUAACUAUGGCAAUAUGACUCACGUGAAUAUCAGUGUAAUAGUCCAGGAAGAUAACAAAGCUGCUAUCUUUGUGGCUCUGGAUCGCUCUGAUAAGACGUACUACGCCUGUGAUGCUGGCUGCUUAGACUCGCCAGUGCAACUUGGGCCUUACAGGAAAUAUUUCCCAGUAAAAUUAACCGAACCCCUCACAGCUAUAUUGUAUGUCACAGCUGACAAACAGCACAUGGAAGAAUUGAGGCAUACCAUUCACGUGAGAGAAGUAGUUGAGGCCCCAGCGCAUGAACACCAUGUCAUAGCCAUGCACAAACACGGCCACAGCUUAGGUGGUCUCAAUCCAUUAUUCUGGAUAUCCAUUUUAGUUCUAAUUGUCGUCUUCCAUUUGUUCCUAUGCAGAAUAAUCAUGAACGAAUUCUGCGACAGCGGAGUGAACUAUAGAAGGCUGUAUAAUAAGCCCUGAAGUGUUUCUGUCCAUUGCCUUAUAUUUGCUUAGUUCGAUGGUUGCACCAUCAAUGUC